AUGUUCCUCCAGCUUUCCAUACCUAAUAAAUCAAGAUACACCGGGCAGGCCUCAACAAAUAAUGAUGCCCCACGGUCAGUGACUGGGGCAAUGCGGGCGGGACCUCUGGGGAGCGGGAUGAGUAGGGGGGUUCGGUUGGCAGCACUGGGAAGCAGAGAUAGAGCGGCCGACACACGAAUAUUAAAUGGACCUGAUAUACGACGUUUAAUGAAAGAUCAAGCAUUCAAAAAUGCUCUCAAAGUUGACGCAUAUGGCAGUGUUAAAGCUGUCAUUGAAAAUGUUCUUGCUUCAUAUCGGGCCUAA